CACAAUACGCUUUCAGUUUUCAAUUUGUUCAGCUAUGGCCACCACCACCACGACGACGACGACGACGCCGGGGACGGCUGAGGAGCAGCAGCAGCUGGCAGCUGCGGCCGCGGAGGCGCAAAAGGAGCUCGAUAUCUAUGAGAACUUUGCCACGCCGCUGGCUGGCACUUUUCUCAAUUUGCCACACGAGUCCGUGCUGCUCAAGUGCCCCGCCUGCGGCAUCAAGGAUCACAGCGUGCUGCAAAACGAUCUCAAGUGGUGGGCCAGCGAACUCAACCGCAUUGUGGGCUGUCUCUUCGUCACCUUCUGCUGCUGCUGCUGCCUGGACUAUGUUGUGCCCUGCAAGCAAACGGAUCGCAGUCAUUAUUGUGACAACUGCGGCUGCUACUUUGGGCGCGCCAUGAAGCGACGUGCUCCACUCAAAAUCAAAGCGAGGGCCAGUCAAUAGAUACCCACACAAUAAAAAA